GCUAGCAGGCUGCACUGGAGCGGUACCUCUGACUGCCAUGAAGGUAACAGGGGUUUUCGUGAAGGCGGCUCUAGCCCUUUGCUGCUCCUUAGGUAUUGCCUUUGGAGUUGAGGUUGAUUGCAGCCAGUAUCCCAGUGGCGUUGGCAAGGAUGGGUCGGUCUGGGUAGCUUGCCCGAGGAACUUGAAACCAGUCUGUGGCACCGACGGCACCACGUACAGCAAUGAGUGUGGGAUCUGCUUCUACAACAAGCAACACAGGACCAGUGUGGAGAAGGCACAUGAUGGAGAAUGCAGCCCGAAACCUGUCAUGAUCGAUUGCAGUAGGUAUAGAAGAACUGAAAUAGAUGGUCAUGUCCUGGUAGCAUGCCCAAGGAAUCUAAAACCAGUCUGUGGCUCAGAUGGCUUCACUUAUGACAACGAAUGCGGGCUCUGUGCUUACAAUGUGGAACAUGACGCCAAUGUUAGCAAAUUAUAUGAUGGAGAAUGCAAGCAGGAGAUUAUUGACUGCAGUAAGUACCCAACAGUAACUGCUGAAGAUGGCAAAGUAUUAGUAUCCUGUCCAAGGAACCUGGAUCCUGUUUGUGGCACAGAUGGCAUUACAUAUGAUAAUGAAUGUGGGAUCUGUGCCCACAAUGGACAACAGAGGACCCAUGUUAACAAGAAGCAUGAGGGAAAAUGCAGACCAGAGACUUCUGAGAUUGAUUGCAGUAAAUACCAGUCAAGAGUGAUGAAGGGUGGUAAAACCAAGAUAGCCUGUCCAAGGAUCCUGCUCCCAGUUUGUGGCACAGACGGAUUUACUUAUGACAACGAAUGUGGCAUCUGUGCCCAUAACCUAGAUCACGGGACUCAUGUUAAGAAAAGCCAUGAGGGAAGAUGCAAGGAUGAAAGUACUCCUGUUGACUGCAGCACAUACCUGACCAAUACCAAAGCUGGCGAAGCCAUCGCAGCCUGCCCCUUCAUCCUGCGCGAGAUCUGUGGGACAGAUGGUGUCACCUACAGCAAUGACUGUAUGCUGUGUGCCCAUAACAUUGAAUUUGGAACCAGUGUUGCCAAGAGGCAUGAUGGAAGGUGCAUAGAGGAAGUUCCCCAACUUGACUGCAGCCAGUACCAGACUCAGGUGCUGAAGGACGGCAGACAGACGAUGGUCUGCACGAUGAUCUACGAUCCUGUCUGUGGUACCGAUGGUGUCACUUAUGCUAGUGAGUGUGUGCUGUGUGCCCACAAUCUGGAACAUCGGACCAAUCUUGGCAAAAGAAGCAAUGGACGUUGUGAAGAAAAUGCUGCAAAAGAUCUUUGCAAGGACUUGCAAGAACCCUCUCCUAUUUGCACCAUGGAAUAUAUGCCCCACUGCGGCUCUGAUGGCACAACAUAUGGCAACAGAUGUCUUUUCUGCAAUGCUUAUCUGAAAAGCAGAAGGACUCUCAACCUCAUGAGUAUGACUGCAUGCCCAGAAACAUGAGCUCCCUUACAUGUGACUUCCUCAUGGGCUGAUCUUCCCCAGAAACUUUCCUUCAGUUUGUCUCAUUUCCUUA